GGGAGGUGUGGGUAUCUGCGAACAUUCAUUUGAACUGGUGCCAACCAAACUUCCGCAGUUAAUUUUGUCUCAGCAGUUUUCUCCUAAAAGAAAUUAUUAAUAUGCAGGCUUCUAGCUGCUGUUUAGCCUUUAUUCAUUUCUGAUUCUUGAGUUUGCAUUGUUUACAGUGUUGUUUUCAACAGCAGUCACAUAAUGUACAGAGCAAAUGGAGCACCCCUCCCUCCCAAGCCUAUUCCAAUAUAGACCAUUUCUUUCUUUGUGGCUCCAUUAAUACAAGAGAAAAUGGAAGUGCACAUAAUGGCAGUUUACCCUUUGGAAAAGCACACUCAAGCGGGAGCUGAGCAUGCAUGAAGGACUAGGAAGGCAAAGAGCUGUGAACUCUGGAGGCCUUUUCUGAACAGGAAAGGUCAGCCCCCAAGAAAAUAAUGGUCUUCUUUUCAUCGACAGGUAAUGCAGGUGGUGAAGGAGCAGGUUAUGAGAGCACUUACAACCAAGCCUAGCUCCCUGGACCAGUUCAAGAGCAAACUGCAGAACUUGAGCUACACCGAGAUCCUGAAAAUCCGCCAGUCUGAGAGGAUGAACCAGGAAGAUUUCCAGUCUCGCCCAAUUUUGGAACUAAAGGAGAAGAUCCAGCCAGAAAUAUUAGAACUGAUCAAGCAGCAACGCCUGAACCGUCUCGUGGAAGGCACCUGCUUUAGAAAACUCAAUGCCCGGCGGAGGCAAGACAAGUUUUGGUAUUGUCGGCUUUCACCAAAUCACAAGGUCCUGCAUUAUGGAGACUUGGAAGAAAGCCCUCAGGGAGAAGUGCCCCAUGAUUCCUUGCAAGACAAACGUAAGUGACUCCUUCUGUAAGAUACUCAAGGUUUGGUCGAUCAGUUGUCUCUUAGUCACAAUGUAUUGUGCAGCAAAAUUAUCAGCCUAAAUGAACACUUUGAGCUUGGCUCACCUUGUAAGUA